UAAGCAUUCAGCAUCUCGACAUGUUAUGCUACCCUCUGCUACUUACCUUCUUGCCAUCAUUUGGUGGAUGAUUGAAGGAAUGAAUAUGAGUAUCAGAGACAUCGCCUAUACUAUCAGACUACUAUUUUGUUGGAGAUGCAAACCCGAUAAGAUAACAACACUCUUGACCGCCCGCAUUUAUCACGAUCAGUUAAUCUAAUUUAUUCAUUCAUUCAAUCAAUCACAAUUCCAACACUAACUUUCAAUCCCAGUUAAAAAUCCCUGCAAAAAUGCCCCACAGCAACCGCAAGAGAAAUCUCAACUACCACAAGCGUCUCGAAGUCACAGACUCCAGCGGCUGGACGCACGUCACGGCAGGCGGAAAAAGCGCCCGUCGAGUUUUGCACACCUCCCAAAAACAUCAUGGCAAUACAGAACAAGGCGAGCAGUCCCAGAUCCUUGUCCCCGCCGAAGCGCCGACGAAUUUGAAAUUGGAAGAUCUACAAACACAGUUCCAGGGUUAUCGACAACGAUGGGAGGGGUCGGAGAGUUGGAGGGUAGUUGAGGGGACAUUAUCGUCGGCGACGGCAAAAGUGGAUCGCAUGGUCUGUAUUGGUCUGGGAAGUCCCAGCGGGUUUUUGAAAGGUGGUUGGGUGGACCGGAGGAGUGUAUCGAUGUAUCAGCUCGCCGGGUUGGUGAGCGUCUUGGAUUUGUUGAGAAAGUUUAACCCCAACCUUCAAGUUUACGCCCAAGACCCUGUGUUUAAUACUCACGACAAGUCCCUGCUCGCGUCUCUUGAUAUCACCGUUCUCGACCAUCCUCACGCCUUCGAACAAGUCUCCCCGGACACCGUCCUCUACUGCCCCGGUGCGGAACGGACGCAUCUUGAGCAACUGCUUUCUCAUGCGCCUGUCCUCGUCUUUGGUGGCCCCUUGGAAGAUAUCGAGUCGGAGGCAGUGAGGCAGUUCGCGGAAUCAAGGAGGUCGGUAAGGAUUCCGCGGUUUGAGGACAUGGAACAUGCAUUCUGGAAUAUGAGGGUGUAUCUACCCUCAGAGGCCGACAACGCUGGGGAAUAGAUGAGGGGGCGACGUUGUGUCUGGAAACCACUGUAAAUAUAUCUGUAUGAUACGAUUAAUGACCUGACCGACUAGACUAACCAGGUGGAAAUAAACUGCUACUACGGAUCCACUGUAAACC